CAACGUCUAUUUCGGCUGACGGCGGCGCCACGUUUGUUCUCUGGCGCAUCGACAACGACGCGCAUCUCCUUCCUCUUGUAUGGAGGAUGGGGGUCCAAUGUUAAUACCGAGGGUGGUGACAGUCGAGUCGAAAGGUCCAUCCCCCCCACUCGCCCCUUCGACCCCACCUCCCCGCAGGAUGCUCGCCCAACUCAAGACCAUACCAAGCGCGUACAACAUUCACCGCUUCCGCAAUUCGAUCGCGAACAUCAUGAGUCUCCGUGGGGCCAUCAGGGCCUACCUCAAGCACGAACUCCUGCGGCGGUCGACCCCAGACUCGGAGUUUCAAACGAUUGCCCUUGGCUGUUUGCGCAAAUCCAAUGCAUUCCGCCGCGUGUGUAUCGACAUUGUGUCGUGGGCGUGGUUCGAUCGGUUCAUCACGCUGUGCGUCCUCGUUAACACGCUGAUGCUCGGGUUUGUCGACUACACCAACCCCUGGGCCGACGGCCCCAACCCCACUCGACCUGCUAAUCGGGCCAUCGACUUGGUCAGCACCGCCAGCCUCGGGAUUUUCAUGUGCGAAGUCGUCCUCAAAAUCGUAGCCCACGGGCUGCUCUGGGGGCCCCACAGCUACUUUUCAGACGGAUGGAAUCGCCUGGACUUUCUCAUCGUCAUGUCCGGAAUGCUAUCUUGGGUUCGUGUGGGCGGUAAAGUUGGCAGCAUCCGCGUCCUGCGAGUGCUGCGGCCUCUGCGCACCCUCCAUUCUCUACCAGGUUUAAAAGUCCUCACCACGGCCCUCCUGGCGAGUUUACCCGCCCUCGGAAACGUGGCCAUCUUGCUAUCGUUCAUUUACCUUGUGUUUGCAAUUCUUGGCAUGGAACUUUGGCGCGGAGCGUUCAACCACCGAUGUCGACUCACGCCGUUUCCUGUGCAGUUGAACUUCAACGCGUCCGACGCACCCAACGCAACGGCAUAUCCCCCCGACGCCAGCUACAUCGCCGCCGUCGUGGCCAACCCACUCCAGUAUGCCUGCAACUUGACCAUUUCGGGGCAAUUGAUGCCGCUCAACGACACGUGGUUCUCACCCAUGAACUGCUUCUGGCCCGUGGACCCGUUGGAAGCAAACGCUGUUCUGUGCAGCCCGAACAUCGUCACGGGGCGUCAGUGCCGCCCCGAGCUUACGUGCGGGUCGAAUUUCGAUAGCUUUGGCAACCCCCGCUUCGCCGACGUCUGGUUCAACGGAUCGUUUGUCAUAUCCCCGUCCCAAUACGACACGUUCAACGACAAAUUGAACUACGGGUACACAACGUUCGACAACGUCUGGAGCGCGUUUGUCGUGAUUUUGCAGACGGUCACGGCGUCGGGGUGGAUGGUGCUCACCCAAAUGACCCAACAAGCGGGGGGGUAUGUCGGGGGCGCGUUGUACUUUAACGCGCUGCUGUUUAUCGGCAUGUGUUUUUUGCUCCAGCUCAACAUGGCCGUGCUGUAUUCUGAAUUCGUCAAAGCCAAGGACGAGCAAAACCUCCAGGCCAAAGUAAAACGGCGGCGGUCGGCGGUCUCUAACUUUAUCCAUGCCGCCACGCGCAAACAAAUCCAGAUGGCCAUGACAUCCUACUCGUCGCAGUUGCAUCCCACCACGAAGCGCCGCAUCAAGCGCGCGCGGCGGUGGAUGCGCCAGCUCGCGCGUCUGCCGCUCUUCCAGCGCACAGGGCUCGUUGUGACAGUGCUCAAUAUCAUCACGCUGGCGUCGGACCACCACCCGAUGGACCCGCGGUUUAGUUACUACGCGCAAAUGCUAAACUUCGUAUUUAUGUGGUACUUUGCGUUCGAAGUGGCCAUCAAGCUGGUUGGGUUGGGUCCGUCCCAGUAUUGGUCGGACCUCUUCAAUCGGUUUGACUUGGUCACGGUGCUGUUGGGCAUUGUCGAAAUUGCCGUGAGUCCGCCCACGAUUCUAAAAGGCGUCAAGGGGGGCUCCUCCGCCAGCUUCUUCACCGCCCUUCGCGCCGCCCGAGCCAUCAAACUGACGCGAGCGUGGAAAUCGCUGCACAAGUUGAUGCUUGCGAUUGGGGCGGCCAUGGGCGAGAUCCUCAACUUUAUGUUUUUCCUUGUGCUGUUUCUAUUUGUCACGAGCUUGCUGGGCAUGGAGCUAUUUGCAACCAAGUUUCAGUUUGACGAGGGCAACAACCCAUUGCCGUUUAACACGUCGAAUCCGUCCGCACGACUGCACCGGUCCAACUUUGACAGUAUCGAAUGGGCGUUCUUCACAGUGUUCCAGAUCAUCACAUACGACAACUUUCCCGCGAUUCUGUACGACGGGUGGCUGGUCGCGGGGUGGCUCGCUCCCCUCUACGUCGCGUUUAUCAUUGUGAUUGGGGCGUGGAUCGUUAUGAACAUGUUUUCCGCCAUCCUUGUCGAAAGUGUCUUGGUGGACGCCGACGAUUUCGUCCUGUACGACGUCGACAGCAUCAUUAGCAGCAACAACGACGAUGAAGAUAGUGAGCUGAAUUCGUCCAUGGCGUCGCAAAGCAACUCCCACCUGCGGCUGGACGGGAUUGCGUCGGACGUGGCGAAAAAGUACAGACUCGGACAUUUCCCCAAGUUGAUCGCACUGUCUCGCGUACGCGCCCUUCGUCGCGUGGUUCGCAGGUACUUUAAACGCGCGUCGGAGCCCGAUUUGGCAUCGUCCUCCGCCACUUCAGAUCAUCCAAGCCACCCCCCCAUCGAACGACGAAGCCUUGGCCUUUUUGCCCCCCAGCACCCCCUCCGCCGUUUCUGCGUGUGGUUGCUGCAACGCCCCGAGUUUACAUGGGCCACCACCGCCGCCAUCGCCACCAGCUGCAUCUUUACCGCCCUCGACACGCCCCUAUACGAACACUCCCACGGCAUCGGCUUCGUGGUGGAGCAAUCCAACAAGAUAUUUGCCGUGUUUUUCGGCUUUGAAAUGGCCAUCAAUAUCAUCGCCCGGGGAUUGCUGGAAGGAUCCGACGCGUAUGUUCGCGACCCGUGGGGUCUCCUCGACGGGUUGAUCGUUGUCGUGUCAAUCGUGCCGCUGUUCGUGGAUGAUGUAGACGGCCUCGCGGGGCUGCAGGCUCUGCGACCGGCGCGUGCGCUCCGCCCCCUCCGCGUCAUCAACAAACUGCCCCAGCUCAAAGUCGUGAUCAACGUGCUGUUUAAGUGCAUCCCAGACAUUGGCCGCGCCAUGCUCUUCUUUGUGUUCAUGCUGCUCAUGUUUGGCAUCAUGAGUGUAAUGCUGUUCAAAGGUGCGCUGGCGUCGUGCUCGCUGUCCCCGUACAAUUACGGGACGUCGGACGCAGCACACACACCGCCCCCAUGGUUCCCCCCCGCGUACCCGGGGUCGUACCGCAACGUUGACCUCCGCAGGGUCGACAUCAUGACGUAUCCCCAACCGUGGACAAAUCUGUCGGCAGAUCAGCAGGCGGUCCUUCGCCCGGUUUGGAACACGACUGGCUGCGGGCCGUUCACCGACGACGACGUACCUACCUCGAAGGACAUUUGCAUGUGCUUUGCGGCAACCCACGGCACGUCGUGGGACCCGUUGGUGCCCCAGCGUUUCGACAACAUCUUUGAAUCCAUGGGCGCGUUGUACGAAUUGACGACCAUGGAGGGAUGGGCCGUUGUAGCGAUCGCCACCAUCGACGCCGUGGGGCCCGACAUGCAACCCAUCGCCAACAACCAUCCGGUCCUCAUGGUGUACUGGUGGGUAUUUAUGAUCACGUGCGCGUUCUUCACCACCAACUUAUUUAUUGGCGUGCUCUGCGAGAGCUUUGUCCGAGAAAACUACGGCGCCCUUGUCACCGAAGAGCAGGUCGCGUGGGUCAAGAUGCAGCGCCGCGUUAUGGUACUGUCCCCCCACGUACGGCGUUGCCCCCCUCGGCAUCCAUGGCGCCAGUGGUGCUACCGCCUCGUGCACCACCGGUACUUCGACCCGGUCAUGACGGGCGCCACCCUCUUGAACACGGCUCUCAUGGCCAGUCAAACGUACGGCCAGAGCGAACAAGUGUGGCAGGUUCUCGGCAACAUUUAUGUUGUCAUGGCGGCGGUGUUUGCGGUCGAAGCGGGCGUGAAAUUCAGUGCGUGGGGGCGACACUACUUUGACAAUCGGUGGCAUCGCCUGGAUUUUUGCGUCGCCGUACUCACGUGGCUAAGCAUCGCCGUGUCGCAGUUGGGCCAGAUCGACCUCGGGCUAGCCGACAGCCUCGUGCGGGUCGCGCGGGUGUCGCGGACGUUGCGGCUGAUCCGCCAGACUGAAUCCCUCAAAGUGCUCUUUGACACGCUGACCGUGUCCUUGCCCGCGGUGGCCAACGUCACGUCGCUGUUGCUGCUGUUUUACUACAUUUACGCUGCGGUGGCCGUGCAGUUGUAUGCGACUGUAGCGCUCAACCACGACCAAAUCACCGAUUACCAGAACUUUCAGACGUUUUGGAUUGCGUUUCAAACGCUGAUCGGGUUCUCCACGGGGGAAAACUGGGACACGUUUCUGUGGCAAGUGUACGACACGGCGCCGGCGACGAACGCCCAGUGCGAGUCUAGGAAGUUCGACGCGGCCAUGUGUGGCUUCAACACGACUGACACGUGCGCCCCCCUCGACGGCUGCGGGUCCUGGACCAUCGUUCCGUUCAUGUACUCGUUCUUCCUCAUGCUGGGGUACAUUGGCAUCAACUUGUUUUCUGGCAUUGUCGUCGACGCGAUCGGUGAUUCCAUGGCGGAGUGCCCUGUAAAUGGUCACAAUUUGGCCGAGUUUGCCGACCUCUGGGCCACGUACGACCCGCUGGCCACGGGCCUCAUCACGGCGGACGAGUUUACCGACUUUUUAAUGGCGCUGUCGCCCCCCUUUGGCUUUCACGGCGUCGACAGCAUGACGCGCAAACGUGUGGUGGGUGUGAUUGGGGAGCUCAACAUUCCAUUGUACGACGAGCAACUGGUGCAUUUCAAAGACGUGCCGCGGGCCCUCGUCCAGCGUAUCAUGGGAGAUGGCAAGCGGGAUAAGAUGCGCGAGAUCGGACGGGUGCUGGACGAUCUGGGCGUGAAUAAACAACUGGAUGACUUGUGGAUGAAACAGCACGGGGCCAAAGACAAGGUGGACGUGCGGUGGAGGGCGUGGAGUCCGUCGGCGGUGUACACGGCCAAGUACGUCCUCACGCGGUUUGUGCGAAAUACCCGGGCGCGAAAGGCAAGGGAGGCCCUAGUGAAAACGAACGUGCUGAGUCCAGUGGACGUUCCAGCGGCGACGGCACACGAGCCAGCAGUGGAACCACCCGAGGCUGUCGUCGACCCCUCGACAAAUACGAAUAGCCCCCCGCCGUCGUCGUCAUUGCUGCAAAUGUCGCCAACCACGUCGACUGAGACGGACACGAGUGGCGGCAAAGUGCACUUGGGGCCACUCAAGAUGCCGGCCAAAUUCAAAUCCCACGUCGUGGUGCCCGUUUGCGACGACCCCGUCGUGGGAUGAAGGGCUCAAAGGUAUUCGUCCGUCGCCUUUCUCUGGCUUGACAUCGGGGAUCGGACUUGCGGAAGAGAGUCGACGUAUGCCCGAUAGAAAGGUGCCAUUGGUGUACUCACAUAUUUUGUCAUUUCUACACAAUGUAUUCGUCACAAAACCACCUAACGUCGCUAUGAAUCAUGGGUUUAGCUGAGUCAGCCUAGGCGGACGAAGGUGUCAUUCCGCGACACGGUGUUACUAGUACGAUGUAGAGGGUACUUAGUAACUUCUUCAUCACUUAGUGUGUACCAUUGUAUUUUCGAAUUAACAGUAAACACCGUAAUGCUCAGCUGCAA